GACGCUUUAUUGCGAGCGUUGUACGAGCAAGCCAUGUUCGAAUUGCAAAGUAAACAUCGAUGGGUGGAAAUGGUGCAGUUUACCACUAUGGUAUUGAACCAGUCUGGAAAAAAGUCGGCUUUUGAGCGCAUGUUCAAUCGAAAACCGUACAAUCUCCAUGAUCACAAAAUUGCGCCUUGGCUAAUGGGUGAAGAGUUGUCCUUGGGCGAUGAUGAGCAUAUUGAUGUCGAAUAUGUUGAACAAGCUGAUGAAAGUGCUGAAAGUAUUAGCGAUGAGCAGUUUGUUACUGAUGCACCUCGCUAUCAAUUGCGCAAUUUUGACACUGUGCCAAGCCGUGGAAACACUCUGCCAUAUCUCUACGGAUACAUAGGAGGUGUUGAUUGGGAAAGUAGCCCCCAUUUCCCAUAUCGCGUACAUUUUUCGAAAAGUAAGGAUCCGUGGCCGAAUGAAAAUUCGGUGAGCGCGUGGGUCAAUCCUUACGAUCUGCUGCCAAUCACGCAUGGAUUACUUGUCUUACCUGAUGAAGAACGAGCUCAAGCGGCAACAUCCCUGUUAUGUUCUUGUGGUGGUGGACCAUUUGGUACACCUUGUACUUUGUUCCGAAGUUAUUUGUGCGCAAACGGCAUGGCUAAAGCUUGCUGCAUGAGUAGCGGCAAGACGUGUGACUAUCAUGAAGAGUGUGCUGAUGGAGAUGAUACUUACUCGCGUAUGGAAUCUCUUUCAAAAAUGUUCACAGAGAAUCAGCCAAGGAGCAAAAUGCGAAGGAGAAUACCACAUCUUAUUCCCGCAGAUACUCCCAUACCAGGAGAACAGGACAAUUUCGUUGAAAUGCCAAUGUUGAGCAGCGAAAGUAAUGUUACCAGAUUGAAAAAGAGGAAAACUGAACAAGGUUUGAUUGAUGCGCUUCCGGAAGUGUCAACUAUAGUCGUUGAAAAAGAGGAUAGAACACUGGUGCCCGCUUUGUCGAGGAAAAGCUAUGAUCCGGAAAAGGUCAGACCAACGACAAUCUUGCUAUAUAACUGA